AUGUCUCUCCGCACGCCCCCGCUCUUUCUCCAGGCCCUUGAGCUGCCCAAGCAGCACGCGCCCUACGCCUCUCCCUCCAGCGACAGCAAAGACGCCAGUCCCGAGCCGCCGGCCCCCAGCGCCACCUCCCUCGACGACGACAAGCGCUUUGUGUGCCCCAAGUGCAACCACACCUUCACCCGCAAACACAACUUGAAGUCCCAUCUUCUCAUCCACUCCAAGGAAAAGCCCUUCAUCUGCUCCAUCUGCUCCUCCACCUUCCGUCGCUCCCAUGACUUGAAGCGCCACGAGAAGUUGCAUACCGGUGAAAAGCCCCACCAGUGCUCUAAGUGUGGGCGACGUUUUGCCAGAUACGACGCUUUGAUCAGACAC